AUGUGGAAGCAUUUCAAAUUCGAUCCAACUUCAGCUAACUUUUCAUAUCGUACUGAUGAAAAGUUCAAUGAAUUUGAUACUUUAUUACGAUGUGAAUGGGAUCGUGCUGUAACGCAAGGUCUUUUUACAUUUCAAAUUGAUCAUCAUGCUAAAUAUCGAAUACUUGAUAAGGGUAAUCUAAAUUAUGUCAUUCAAUUGAAUCCCAGUCGUUAUGAAAAACGUCGAACUCCGUAUCCAUUCGAAAAUGUGAAUACACCAUUUGAUAAGAAUAAAUUUAAUUUUAAUAAAAUCAAAAAUGAUGAAAUUCUUUUCUCUUUAGAUAAUGAACAAGAUAAAGAUAAAUAUUUAAUAAUAAUUAAUAAUUCACCUAUUCGUCCGUAUCAUGUUUUACUCGUACCUAAUCGUGAACUUGAACAACCACAAAUUCUUACUAUUGAUUGCAUUUUAUUUGGACUUCAAUUUGUUGUAUCAAGUGCUCAUCCAUAUAUUUUAGUUGGUUUUAAUUCACUCUGUGGUUAUGCAUCAAUGAAUCAUACAUGUAAUCUAUUUCAUGAGAAAUCGAAUUGUUAUAUUUUAAAUUUAUAUGAUACACAAGCAUUUGUAUUUGAAAUUCAAAAUCUCAAUGAAUUUGAGAAAAUUGCUCGAUAUGUCUGUAAAAUAACAGAUUAUUUAAGUUUGAAAAAUAUUGCGCAUAAUAUGGCAAUUGUAAAAGGUGAAUCAUUUUCAUCAUCAACAGAUGCUCUACGUAUUUUUAUUUGGUUUCGUCAAUCGGUUGUUAAUGGAACAAUGUUUGAACGAUGUAAUUUUGCAUGUAUAGAAUUAUCAGGAUUUAUGCCACUUCAAUACGAAGAAAUUUUCAAUGACCUAACAGAAUCGGGAUUACGUGAAGAUUUAAAUAAAAUUGUAUUGCCAACAGACGAACAACAGCGAAUUAAAGAAGAUGUAAAACAUUUAUUAGAUAAUUCAUUUUUAUAA